UAAUCCCUGUUUUGAAAGAGCAGCCACUGAAGGGAGGAUGAAGAUUCAGUGUGCUCUUCCGCCUCAGGAAUUUCACACCCACCUCUAAAAUGCCUUUGUGGCAGCUCUGUAGGCUCAGUGGGAGGUGUUCCUGCCCCACCCCUGGUCAUAGCUGGUACACCUUCUCCCAGUGUUCUUUUCCCAGAGAGAAGCUUCCAGUCUGUCUCCUGAAAUCCAGGCUGCCAAGUACCUCCGCCGUGCUGAAACUGCAGUUCAGGUUCCAAAGCCCUUCUUUAAUCACAUUCUGUGUUGGCCCUGGCUUACAGCUGCAUUUCACAACCCUCUUUUAUUGCCCCAGCAGUAUUUCUGUAGCCUCCCUCACCCACAUCACUGCUCAGGCAUUUCCCUUCAGUCCUCCUUCCUCCUUUGCUUGCUUCUGGAACAAUAGUCAGGAUUUCCUUAAAUCAUUGCAAUUUUACCUGUGUUCCAUUAUCUCCCCCCACCAAAUGAUAAUUGCAGAUUAAUUAGCAUACUUAAUCAGCCACAACUAACAUGUAAUUACACCUAAAUUUAAUUAUUCCAGUCUGGUCUAAACACUUGUACAAGACUUGAUAAAACUUAACUCUGAGAGAACCAGUGUGCUCCGAGUACAUUUUUGUGGCCAGCCUCUGUUACUACUGACAGCUCUGCUCAUCUCACUUUCUCCAUUGCCCUCCAGGUUUUAACUGCCUGCUCUGCUUUGCUGCAGUUGCACUUUUUCAGAUCCAGUUCUCCGUGGAGUUGCAUUGAUGGACCUGGAGCUACUCAGGUAACACCACCCACAGCAGGUAUGUGCAACUCCUUUAAGUAACAGUAGUGUUUGACAGGACAUGUUUAACCCUGAGAGAGCUGCUGUGUGCUAGCAGAUCUUCUGCUGGAGGAUGUGUAGGAUCUGGCAUCAUCUUCUCAAGUAUGUCACAACUAUAAAGUCCACGGUGUAAAUAACUACGUGUCAGAAAAGUUAGACUGCUGACUGCAUAAAGAAAAGUUUUAUUAGCACAGAACAUGAGUUGUUUCCCAUCUCUCAACUUGGAUGCCAGCAUGCUGUAUUUUCAUCUACCCCACCUCAUCUGCUGGCAUCUCUGCCAUUUAUUCUCUGAUUGGGAUUUUCCAAAGCACAGCUGUAAUGUGAAAAGUGAUUUGGGAGCUGGUGCUCAUCAGAGAGAUGUGUUUGAAUUGUAGAUGCCACAUACUGUUCAGAUUGGGUUUUUAUUCCUGUGGGAAUUUGCAGAUUAACAAAGCUGGGUAGUACUAAAAGCUGAUUUCAUCGUACCCUCUCCAUCAUGGGACAGCUUCUGGCUGCCCCACUCAAAGCUGCCAAGGUAUAUUUUGCCAAGACAGAUUUCUGCCUACCUGCUGGAGAUGCAGACAGCCCUUGCAGAGCUGUCAGCCCAUCCUGCCACCACAGCAAGUUCACUAAUCCUGCCCACAAGCGAAGGUGAGGGUGUGGGGCUGUCCCGAGGUCUCUCAUUAGCCUAAUUUACAGCUGCUGCACAGGGUUUUCAUGCUGGAGGUUUCAAAUCCUCUGCAGCCAGAGAGCCUUGUUAUCUUCCUUUCUCAGGCAGGGAAGCAAAGGCACAGCCUUGAAGGUGAUUUUUGUUCAGGGCCAUUGAGCAGUCCAGUACUGGCACUGGGAAUGAGUCCAGACAGCCUGAUUAUCCAUCCACCUUCCAGUUCCUUCCCAAGCUACCUCUAACUCAGUGGAAACUACCUCCCUACAGCUCCACUGCAGGAAAAUUGCAUUUCACAAGGUACAGCCACCACCUCAACAUCUGUGAAGUUCCUUGAGAGCUAGCUGUUCUUUAACCCUCCCGCUAACCCUGCAGGGUGGGGAAGCACCAAGGUCUCCUCACUUUCCUGGGAGGGAGAGAUGUGGCAAUGCCAACCUCCCUGUCCACAGAGGGAACCUGCAGUGGGGAUGCCGAGUGUUUCUCAGUCCUAAUCCAGUGCUUCAAUUACACAUUUGUCCCGUCUGACACCAGUUGCAGUGUCAUUGCCCCCUGUCCUUUAAGUCACUGCAUUCAGAGGACAGGGAAUCCUCUGUGUCGUGCAUCCUGUCUGCCUGUCAGCCCUACCGCAGGGAAGAUGUGGUGCAAUUCCAGCAGUCUUUCUCUCUUGCCCUUGCUCCUAGCCCUGCCCAGGUCUUCUUAGCCACUGACUCAUGAGCUGGGGGCUCCUGGCAGCUCUCAGUUCCCACUGAGGUUCCCCUAGGUUGGGAAAUCCCCCAUGCACCACCCCAAAGUGUUCUCCUGACAACUCUGCCAGCACCAGAGCCGCUCAGCUUGGCAACUGAUACAACAACAUGUGGCGCAUCCUGUCCAAACCAAGCCUGUACUGUAGGGGAGGGAGGAGAGCACACAGUAACCAGUCAGUGACCUCCACCAGCAGUUCUGGCCACAGUGGGCCGUAAAGAGUCGAUUAUCUCUCUGGGCUCGAGCACACUCACCAGUCAUCUACUGCCAGCUGCAGUGAAGGGCGGCCAUGUCACAACCUCCCCACUCAAAUGUGAUCUGAAAGUUCCCCACCAAUUACGAAGGUGUUUUCAUCCUUGACCUCUUUCAAGUUGCCUGUUCCUCACUCUGCUGAAUAAAGGAGAGAAUCCACGUGGCUUCCUGCUGCUCCUCCCUAGCCCCCUAGACUAUUUCAGACUAAAGCUUUCCCUGUCUGCUUUGAGCCUUUUAGGCUUUGUUCUGGUUCUCCAUGGGGAAGCUGCCAAGAUGAAUACAACUCCAGGAAUGGGUACUAUGGCAAGAACUCCUACCUGAACAGGCUCUGCAAUGUGCUGCUGAUGCUGCUAGAGGAAAAACUGGCUUUCAAGCAGCAGAAUGUGACUUUUUUGAGGAUGCAAGGAGCUCUUGGCACCUAAAAGGACUCAAACUCAGCUGCUUUCAUCCAUGAAGUGCAUCUGCUUGCUUGCAGCUGAAGCAGAGCAAAACUAAUGGGAAGGGCUGUCCAAACAUCCCCUGAAAAGGGCAAAGGCCUGAGGAUGCAGGCAGAGGUAAUGUGGUCAUUGCUGAGCUCCUGCUAAGCUUCCCUGCCUAAGGGCAGUGGGUGCUCAGUGUGAGCAGCCCACCUCCCAGGCUUCCACCCCAAGGUGCUCCCAGCUUGAGCUGGGUAUCCCAGACUGUCCUGUGCAAAUGUCCCUGUGCAAGAAGCUGCUUCCCAGCAGGCACAGUCAGUCUGGGAGGUGAGGGGAGCUACAUGGCUAAGUCCAGCUCUCUCCACACAUGCAGCCCUGACCUUACUGCCUGUGUCCCCUGGCCAUGCCUGUAGCCACAUCCCGGCAGCUCUAGUCCCCAAGGACUGUGGUAAUGGUGAAAGCCCUUGCCAUGGCAACCAUCACUGUGGCACCCAGCACCGCGGUUCCCCAGGGAAUGUCCCUUUGCCUUUGCAGACAGGACUGGAAAACAGCAGAGUCAAGGUGGGGAUCCUCGUUGUAAUAGAAACUGUUGUCUGCUCAGGGGGAGCUGUCUGAAAGCACCCAAAGGUUACCUUGGGUAGCUGCCAGGGUGCAGGGGGUGUGGAGUAACUUCACAAGAGGUGAAUAAAUGACAGGACCUAUAACCACUCCAGUAACCCCACUCCAGUGGGCAUAAAAACAUUGUCCUGCAUUUGUGCAGUUACAGUAACACCACUGGAGGGAAUGACAUUAGUGAGCCAGGUGUGUGAGACAGCGCAGGGCUCACGGACCCUACAGGUUGUGUAAGAGCAUGUCCAGGGCCAGAUGGGAUGUGCCACCUCUCUGUGCCAACCCCAAGACCAAACUGCAGGUUCAGCCACUGAAUGACUUGGCCUCUUGCCUUCCCUUACUUCUCCUCCCUAGACCUUGCCUGGUGCUCCCUGGGUAUGCUACAGGAAAGGGAAGGGACUUUUCCACCACCCAGUGGGGUUCCAGGACUGUGGCUUCUCUCACACAGAUCCCUCGAUCGCUUUGGCGAGGAACUGUGCCAGGGACUGAUUCCAGGCAGCUGCCACUGCCUACUCUGUCUUUCCUUCAUCUUCCCCCGAUCCUCAGCAAUUUUACUCUCUGAAAUCCCACAGGGCAAAGAGAGGAGGCCCCAGACAGACAUGUGCACAGCACACCCCUCUCAGGCCACUCUUGUUUGGCCUCAAUGGCAUAAAUCAGCCCUACCAGAGCAGCGGGUGAGCAGUUUGGUGAAAGGCUGCAGGGGCAGCAGUACCUUUAUUAGGUUCCCCCAGCACAGCUGGAAAAAAUAAGGAUCACAGAGAGGCUUUCAGGCACAUAACCCCCAAGCUGAGCCCCGCAUUCACUCCUGUCUGCUGAUUUAAUAAGAGAUCAGCUUUCCCCACAGACCACAUAUCCUGAAUAGCCUUAAACCCUCCUGGUUAAAAUGCUGCCCCAGCGAAUCAAUCCAAGAUGGUUUUGUCCCUUUGAUCAGCACAGCAGGCAAUAAGUCACUGAUGGAAAUGUGUUUCACCUCUCUGGCUCCAACAGGCAAUAGAAAUGGAGACAACCCUCCCAUCCCGAACUGCCUGGUGAAAAUCUUCCACUUCCUGGGCAAGCGGGAGAUGGCCAAAAGGAUAUGCAAUGUGGCACUGGAGGUCCUGUGAGACAGCUCAGCUGGCAGGUGCAGGCUCCGGGCCCUCUCCAGCAGCACCAUGGAGGCCUUGCUCAGAAGAUGCUGCCUCCCUGUGCUGGGCACCCCCCAGCCCGUCAGGCCCCGGCACAGCAGUGCCCCAGGCAGGCCCAGGUGGCUGCUCCUCUCGCAGCUCUUCCAGCCCCUGUCGCUGCCGGUGGACAGCGAGGCGGGGUGGGAGGGCAGGCCUGGGGAGCCCACGUGCCGCAGCCAGCGCCUGAUGCUGCAAGGGGGGCUCAUCCACCCCGCCAGCCCCGGCUGCUACUGCUAUCUGCCGCCCACCGUGCGCGCCAUGGAGAAGCUCAUCAGGGUGAUGGACGAGGAGAUGCAGGCCCUGGGUGGGCAGAAGCUGAACCUGCCCAGCCUGAGCUCGGCGGAGCCGUGGCGCGCCAGCGGCCGCUGGGACCAGAUGGGGCCGGAACUGUUCCGGCUGGUGGACCGGCACAACCACAGCUACUGCCUGGGCCCCACGCACGAGGAGGCGGUGACGGAGCUGGUGGCCUCUCAGAGCAGCCUGUCCUACAAGCAGCUCCCGCUGCGCCUCUACCAGGUCACCAGGAAGUUCCGGGACGAGCCCAAGCCCCGCUUUGGGUUGUUGCGCAGCCGGGAGUUCUACAUGAAGGACAUGUACACCUUCGACGCCUCUGAGGAGGCGGCUCGGCACACCUACGGCCAGGUGUGUGACGCCUACUGCCGCCUCUUCAGCCGCCUGGGGCUGCCGUUCGUCAAGGUGCAGGCAGCCACGGGCAGCAUCGGCGGCACCACGUCCCACGAGUUCCAGCUCCCGGCAGACAUCGGCGAGGACAGGCUUGUGCUGUGCCCUGAGGGACAUUUUGCAGCCAACGUGGAGACGUUAAACGGGGAGCAAACCUCCUGCCCCACGUGUGGGGAGAGGCUCACCAAGACCAAAGGGAUUGAAGUGGGGCACACGUUUUUUCUGGGCACCAAGUACUCCUCAGUCUCCAACGCCGUCUUCUCCUCACACGAGAACAAGCCCCAGCUGGCACAGAUGGGGUGCUACGGCCUGGGUGUCACACGGAUCCUGGCGGCCUCCAUCGAGGUGCUCUCCACGGAGGACAGCAUCCGCUGGCCGAGCCUCAUCGCGCCCUACCAGCUCUGCUUCAUCCCCCCCAAGAGGGGCAGCAAGGAGGAGGAGGAGGGAGUGGCACGGCUGGAGCAAGUGUACGACCACCUGGCCAAAGCGCUGCCCCACCUCGCCACUGACUCGGUGCUGGAUGACAGGACACAGCUGACCAUUGGCAAAAGACUGAAGGAUGCCAACAAGCUGGGCUAUCCCUACGUGGUCAUAGCUGGGAAGAGGGCUUGCGAGGACCCCCCGGUCUUUGAGGUUUGGAAUCAGAAUGCUGGCGAGGUUUUGUUCCUCACCAAGGAGGGUGUCACUGAGUUGCUGAGUAAAGUGCAAGUCCCUUAA